UACCUUGGUUAGCGGACGAAGCAGCAUCAGCCCCAAGGACAGAGAUGGCCAGUCAGUCCCAGGGUAUCCAGCAGCUGCUGCAGGCUGAGAAGCGGGCCGCUGAGAAGGUGGCAGAUGCCAGGAAGCGAAAGGCCCGGCGGCUGAAGCAGGCCAAGGAGGAGGCGCAGAUGGAGGUGGAGCAGUACCGCCGGGAGCGUGAGCAGGAGUUCCAGAGCAAGCAGCAGGCUGCCAUGGGCUCCCAGGGGAACCUGUCGGCUGAGGUGGAGCAGGCUACGAGGCGCCAGGUGCAGGGCAUGCAAAGCUCGCAGCAGAGAAACCGUGAGCGUGUCCUGGCCCAGCUUCUUGGCAUGGUCUGUGACGUCAGGCCCCAGGUCCACCCCAACUACCGGAUCGCUGCAUAGAACCCGGCAUAUGGCCCGACUCCUGCCUAGUUUCCUCCCUGAAAGAGGUCUCCCAAGACAGCAUCCCCCCACUCCCCCUCAAUCCUUCUCUGCUUUUCAUUUCCUGAAUAUUGAGGGAGGCAGGAUCCACUAUUGUCCUGUGAAACAUGUAUAUCCUGCCCCAACCUGUACUCCUUGCUGCUCUAUAACCUUCCCCAGGACAUUGUCAGCUUCCCAGGCACACGAAUGCAAAUUGGAACAUGGAGAAGCAGGGAUGUGCAAAGUGCUGACUCCACAGUGGGCGGAUUUGGGUCCCUCUCCCAGCCCUGCCACCUGCUGGCCAUACAGCUGAGGUUCCUAGGGGACUGGAUUCAUAGUGACAUCUGCCUGCCAUAGGCUGCACUGUAUGGUGUCCUAUAAAGUGCCUGUAAGAGGCAGGAGCCCAGUGAUGGUGUUCUCCCCCACCACACGUCUGCCAAAACCUGAAAUCAGCUGUCUCCUCCCGUCUGUUGGCGGCUCUCUAAUCCCACUCCCUCUGUGACCCUGAUAAUUCUCUAAUUCCCAGAAGAUGUUAGGACCCAAGGAAAGGCA